CUAUUUUGCUAUUUUGACUUUCUCUUUUCUUGUUUCUGUUGUUUUGUCUUUCUGGUUGACAGUUUCAGAUGGAUUGAAUCCUUUUAAAUUCAUUGAGUCAAGUGAUAUCGUUUCAGAUUCGGUGUAUUAAACGAUUUUCUCUCGUCGUAUGAAUGGUGACCUUUUUUUUGUGCGUUUCUUUUGAUGUGUGAAGAAAUGAUGAUAAUGACAAACAUCACUAUUAUUGAUUAUCGAUAUUCAUUAUCAUUGAUCUUGACAUUGAUGAUUGUAUCGCUAACAUUUUUCGGUAGUUUUUCUAUAGAUGAAAAUGAAUUUGAAAUUAAACCAGAUUUUAAUCUUGAUUCACCAAAAGUUGCUGGUAUGGAUGAAUUAUUACCAGGGAAUUUGGCCCAAACAUCUGGUUUACCAUCAACAGCACCACAACCACAAAAUGAAGUUCGUGAUAUAAGUGGUUGGGGUAUGAUUGGAAAAAUUCAUCCAAAAAUAUUGAUAAAAGAUCAAUUGAUUAAACAAUAUCAUAAUCGACCAUUAGAUCCACGUUAUUUACAUUUACAAAAUUAUGGAAAUUUACAAAAUUCUGUUCAAUCAUCAACAACAACAACGACAACAGCGAAUAAAAAUUUGGCCAAUAAAUUAUUUAAUUUUUGAAGAAAAAAUACAGAUCCCGUUACGCCAUCUAUCGGUUCGGAACACAAUUAUUUCAACAAAUAUGAAAUUUUUGAAAAAACACGUUUUUCCUUUCGU